CAAUCUACUUUGAGAAGUGAAGAAUGGAAUCCUUGGGAAGAAGAUGAAAAAAAUGAGCAAAAACACAGACUUCAUAUUAAUAAGUCCACAAAAGAGAAAAAAGACUUCCAUGUACAAAUCUGGGGCAAAGCUGCCAUUGGUUUGUAUUGGGAGCAUAUUUUUGAAGGUUUACUUGAGCCCACUGAUGUGACUGCUCAGCGGAGAGAAGGAAAUUUAGUUGUUGGAAGAACACAUUACAGCUUCAUCACUGGUCCAGCUGUGGUCCCCGGGUACUUCUCUGUUGAUGAGAAUAAUGUGGUACUCGUUCUAAAUGGAAGAGAAAAAGCAAAGGUCUUUUUUGCCACCCAGUGGUUACUUUAUCCACAAAAUUUAGUGCAAACUCAAAAACUCCAGCAUCUUGUUGUUUUGGUUGCAAAUGAACAUUGUAAUAAUGAAUGGAUAAACCAACUUCUCAAAAGAAAUGGAGGCUCUGUGGAACUGCUUUUCAUAAUAUAUGACAGCCCCUGGAUUAAUAAAAUGGAUGUUUUUCAAUGGCCUUUAGGAGUAGCAACAUACAGGAAUUUUCCUGUGGUGGAGGCGAAUUGGUCAAUGCUGCAUGAAAGGCCAUACUUGUGUAAUAUCGUAGGAACCAUUUAUGAAAAUUCAUCCAGACAAGCACUAAUGAACAUUUUGAAACAAGAUGGGAAUGAUAAGCUUUGUUGGGUUUCAGCAACAGAACAGUGGCAGCCUCAAGAAACAAAUGAAAGCCUUAAGAAUUAUCAAGAUGCUUUGCUUCAGAGUGAUCUCACAUUGUGCCCAGCAGGAGUAAACACAGAAUGUUACAGAAUAUAUAAGGCUUGCUCCUAUGGCUCCGUUCCCAUGGUAGAAGACGUAAUGACAGCUGGCAGCUGUGGAAAUUCAUCUGUUUACCAUAAUGCUCCUCUGCAGUUACUCAAGUCCAUGAAUGCUCCCUUUAUCUUUAUUAAGAACUGGAAGGAACUUCCUAUUUUAGAAAAAGAGAAAACUAUAAUUUUACAAGAAAAGAUUCAAAGAAGAAAAAGGUUACUUCACUGGUAUCAAUACUUCAAAGCAGAGCUAAAAGUGAGAUUUAUUAAUAUUGUGGAAAGUUCAUUUUUAAAGAAUAAUAAAGGUUAA